AUGGAAAACAAUCCAGCGGAACCCGCGAUGCUUCCGCCCCACGAACUCAGGAUGCACGUGGAUACCAUACUAGAGGAUGAAAAGCUUGCGGUGCCCCAUGAGUUUAGCAAAUCAGAGAUACUAACCUACCGACCGUCAAGGAGGAGACAACUCGUCUAUAAACUAGGAAUUUGGGGAGCCUCCAAAUACAGCACACGUGAUGAUGAAAAGUUGUCUUCGCUUCUAGGUCAACAUAUUCAAGACUUAGUCAAGACGGGUUCCCUGUUCGCGGGCUCUCUCGCCAAGGGAUAUCAUCUGUUCAGAUGGGCUAACGAAGCCGAACAAGUCAUCCAUAACUUCCACAUCAGCGAGAAUUCUGACACUCUUUCGCCUUCAUCUUUCAAGGAUUUAUUGGGCGAUCUCGAUGGAAUCAUUGCGGAUGAACACCCUCAGCUGGUUCACGUACUCUUCGGCGUUUGGGAAGGCAUUGCACAGAUCGAUGAUACCAACACUGCGAGCAGAUACUUCAUCCAUCAAGUUUAUGCUCUCUGUCAGAAGCGUCUCGGCGAGGAUAAUCUCAUCACAAAAACCUUCGAGUGUCUCAAUUUCGGAUUUUUUAAGUCAGCGGAGUGUCUGGAGCUCCUCGAGUUCCUUCCAGCAAAGCUUUCUACCCAAAAGUCUAGAAGCCCCAGUUCAAGUUUCGAGACGAGCGACAAGACGAGCGACAAGACGAGCGACAAGACGAGCGACAAGACGAGCGACAAGACGAGCGACAAGACGAGCGACAAGACGAGCGACAAGACGAACGAAAAGACGAACGACUAUCAGAUCAGAUCCUUAGAGAGUUGGAAGACUGCUCUGGGUCCUCGGGUUCGGGAGCCCCCAGCCCUCAAACCCCUCAAACCAAGAAAAAGGCGCCGCAAUGUCACAUUAAGUGACGACUUGGCUUUUCUGCAUCUUAGUGAGUACAACGACGGGCAAGAAAGGCUAUUCUCAAGAUCGGCCCCUCAAACCGUUCCUUGGAACACCUUGACGUUGACGAAGAAGUGGCCAGCUGAACCAAGUCAUGGGCCGCCUUACACCAGUCUUCAACAACUACCAAACAUGUUCGUAUCGCCAAAUGGCGCCAAGAGCAUUACAUCUGCCAAUUUAGUGCGCAACCAGACACAAUCAUUCAUCGAACGUUCCGACGAACUCGACGCUGGAGACUUUUGGCCACCACGAAAUCGCGGACAUGUAUUUCCACCAGUCUUGGAGCACGUAGGACAAUCAUCGAUCAAAAACCUUCAGUUGAAUCCCUUCAAGGACUCUAUAGAAGGUAGCAGCUUCGAUGUUUUUGAGCUCUCGGACAAUCAAACGUCUGAUUGUCAGAUGCCUGAUCAUGAAUCGCCUGAUUAUCGGUUAAGGACUCACAGUACUUGGUCGCCGCACGAGACUGAGCGUCAAGUGAUGGUGGGUGAGAGUUCAGUUUCCCAGUACGGAGAGUCGGACAUUACUAGCGAUUCGACGGCGGAUGAACAACAGCAAAAAAUGCGAGCAAUGGAAGCGGAGAGGCGCCAAAUCGUCCAAACAGUUAUGGAUGCGUUUAUUCACGACUUGGAUAGUCACAUAGAGGAUAUCACCGGCAGUUCUAUCGCCAUCAAAGAAGAGGAUGCAGGUGAACCUGCCCAGGCUCCGUCGCAUGCCGAGGGGUCAACUGCGCGUGAACGGAGCCAAAAGCCUCGAAAACGACAGAAAUCAGGCGACGGAAAACAAGAAAUUGGAGGAUGGAGGAAUCAUGGUCAGUCCGGUGACAAAGAUAACUGUAACGGAAGCGACAACGAAGAGGACGGCGACAAAAAGAGGCCUCGCAAAGUACCGCGCAGCCAAGAUGGAACGGGAGACGUCUUGUUCGCAUGCCCGUUCUUUAAGUGGAACCCUCUAGCAUACGCGAGGAAGAAAGAGUGUUCAGGUCCAGGGUGGGAGUCAGUGCAUCGCCUGAAAGAGCACCUCUAUCGGCGCCAUGAGAGACCACCGUUCCAAUGCAGUAGAUGUUGCAAUUGGUUUGACAAACAAACUGCACUGGACUCGCAUCUCAGAGUCGGAUCCAUCAAUCAGCUUUGUGAGAUCAUCAACGAAUCAGACUUAUCCAGAGAGUUCAAGUUUGGCCCUGACGCUAAAAGCCGGCUCAAGGUGAAAUCUUCGUUGAAGCAAACAGAGGCAGAAAGGUGGAAGGCAGUAUACAGGAUACUUUUCGACGUAAGGGAAGAUGAAAUACCCACGCCUUACUACGAUCACGACAUCACGGCUCUAGGCCGGGAAGAGUCCUGGAAAGAGUAUGCUCGAAGGGAGAUCAUGAUACUCCUCCGACAGCGUAUCGAGGCGGAGGUUGAAGAAAGAUUCGCGAACGUGGGACCGGAGCUUAUAGCGGGGCUGCGAGGUAUUGUCCAUGAUCUGGAGCUCACAAUGAGGCGGAACUUCGAAAGGAGACAAGAGGAAGCUCGAAACUUAAAUCGACAAGAGUCACCAUCAAUCACGCCGCCGCCACCGCCGCUGCCGAUGCCGCCAGCAAAUCUCGACGAAUUCUCGACGAAUACGGCCCGGACACCUGGUAACGACGAGGGAGAGGUGGCAGUGGUACCGCAAACCGUCCUCAAUACGGAUAAUAACUUAGCGGGAAACUUUCCCCUCGAUGAUUCGCAGCAGGAGGUUCACUCUGCCCGGUCGGAAGCGAGCGGCAUGGAUACGCAGAACUGGAGAACCGUCGAAGGAGAGGAACCACUGGAUCCUUCACUUUUGGAUGCUGACUUUGACUUUGACUUCCUUAAUUAUGACGGAGGCAACGACACGUUCUGA